CUUUCUUCACGGUAUGGAGAAGCAUUUGACAUGUGAACAGUAGAGCGCGUGUCGUCACAUUUGCAGCUACAUUAAUUAGAUGGCCGUCAAACGUUACCCAAAGACUACUAUAAAGAAUUUAUUAGAUUGCCGUAUUUGACAAUCACCGGGCCGACUGUCGGUGCAUAUUUGGCUCAUCCGUUAAUGCAGGCAGCAAGUUUUCGGCUUCAUUGUAUGCGUGACGAUGAAGAUACCUCUCGAGGAGGCAGCAGGAAUACUUCUGAUAACGAAGGAGGAUAUGACUCCUCUGGCAGUUAUCUUGAUACAGACGAAAGAUGCAUCUCCUCUAUUGACUAUUGUUACUCAGAGGAAGAGAACUAUCUCUCUGAAAAUGAUGAUACAUGUGAUGAAGAUAAGACUAAACGCCUAAAUAAAGAUAUCUCUGCAGCUAUCAGUGAACGAGGAGUACCAGAUUCAGAAAUGGUGUGUGGUUGGGGAAGAGAAGAACACGGGAGGCUUGGGUUCGGAGAUGACAAGAGCAGUGAAAUGGUGCCCCAGAGGGUUCAAUUUCUUAUUGGAGAGCACACAGUUGAGGUUUCCUGUGAUGGGCCGGUGGCACCCACUCUGUUGCAAUUAACUCGCGACGGGCAAAAGUUCACGGAUGACAAGUGUGACUCUGAACUUGCUGAAGGUGUGGAUGCUCAUGCCCCCUAAGGAUAUUUGGAAGAAGAUUUGGCCAAAAGAAAGCAAGAAUAUUUUGGUCCAUGUGUACGGUUACUAUAAGAAAGAAAAAGGUUUUGGAGGACACACAGUUAUUAUGCGCGACAUGUCUGCAAUGCCAAUAGCUGCUUCAGCCAACUUCACGCGGUAUGGACUAUCGUAUCUUCAUCAUGUGUUUAAGGGAUUAGAGGAUGGUCUCAAUCUUGCUUCGAAACAUGGCUGUUUUAGUCCUACUGUGCUGUGCAAUUCCAGAUUAGUUGUUCAGCUUCUCAGAAAGGUUGCCUCUGAAGGUUGCCGUUGCAGCAGCAAAACGGUCAGGACUAUUUGCGCGGUAUGUACUUUGAAAAUUGACCCUCAUUUGAAAAUGGCUUACUUGAGAAAUUUGGUGCCUUCCAUCGAAACACUCCAAAGAAAGCGAGGUUCCUCUACUUUUGAAUGGGAUUUAGGGAAGAAUGAAGCUGUGCAUUAUCUGACAAAACUGGUAAAAUUGAGCUCACAGUACCAUGGCUAUCGUUUUGACGGGUGGGUUAUGGAAGAACCAAAGGAUUAUACAGAUGAACUAGUAGACAUUCUGUUGAAGGACGCCUACAACUUAGAUGAAAGGAUUGCAGUUUCCAAGGCAUCAAUUGGAAAUACCUCAAAUGAUGGAUACAGGGCAGGGAACAAUAUUUCAGGGGAUAUAAGGGAUGGAAAUGCAAAUGUAGUGGCAGCAAAUGGAAGUAACUCGAACAUAACUUCAAAUGCAGGGCUGAAGUUGUUUUAUCUGAAGUUGUAUAAACUGUACGUGUUUCUUUUGUUCGAUAUCUUAUGACUAUACUGCUUAUGAUGCUCAUUCAAUCCAUCCAUCCUCAGAAUAGUUCGAAAUUACAAUGUAACAAAGCAUAGACAGCAUUGAUUAUAUGUAUAAAGGUUU